AUGAUUUCUACCUACUGCUUUGUAUUGCUAUUAUUCACUCUAUUCAAUUCUUCAUAUUCAUUACAGUCUGGUUACACAUGUGAAACAUCGGUUACAUUGAAAUGUCCCGAUGAAUCGAAAUUAGUUAUUUUAGAAGUGACCUAUUCAUCUGAAUGUCCAAGUUUAAAUGAAGAAAAGGAGGGUGGGACACUGUAUGCUCCAUCACGUUGCAUUGGAUAUCGUCGUGAUGUUGUAAGUCGUUUAUGUAAUGGACAACAAACAUGUACGAUUGAUAAUAACCUGACUCAAAGACCAUCGUUUAUCGUUGGCAAACAGGCAAAUUGUGCGUUUACAGGACAAAGUAUUAAUGUCGAUUAUUCAUGUGUACCAGAUUUUUAUUCGAGUAAAUUACCUCGAAUUGAUAUCUGUUCGUUACAAUCGUUACAUGAUGUGAACGAAGGAUUUAUUCAUACUCCUAAUUAUCCAGGAGGAUAUCCGAAUAGUCGUACAUGUUCAAAAACAGUUCCAUCACCACCGGAAGGUCAUCGAUUGAAAAUUUAUGCAUUAGAUUUCGAUGUUGAAGGUCUGAGUGCUCUUCGAUUAUUUGGCAUUACCCGUAUCAAUGAUUGGUUACAAAUUAAUAAUAGUGGAGAGAAGAUGUAUGGUAGUCGGCCACCAUAUACACCGAUAUUUGACGAUGUUAUCGAAGCCUCCUUGAUGUUCAAGUCAGACUUCGCUAAUACCAAACGACCGUACAAUGGUUUCUUACUUUAUUUUAUCAUCACACCACUUCGUGUUGCUCCUCCAUCAACAACAACGGCAGAAAAAGUUUCAUCGACAACACCAGCUAUUCUUUCCAAUGAUGAACUGUUAACCUCAUCCGUUGUACCACGUGGUGCUGCGCUGAUCAGCAAUGAUCAACGUUCAAAUAGCAUUGGCAUGACUUUACUGGUUGUUGUUCUAUCAUCAAUACUUUUUAUUAUUCUCUGUGCAUUUAUACUUUACAAACGUCGUAAUGAUCGUCGAGUUCGGUAUUUAACUGAUACAUUCAAUGCAUUCUUUCCUACUCGAACAAAAAAUGUCUCUCUUAAUACAACAGAUGUCAGCGAUGAAGUUACAUUGAAUACGACAGUUCAAUCGAAACUUGAUGUUUCAUCUGUAUCAAAUAAUGAGAAACUUAAAAAGAUGAAUAAUUAUGAAGCAGAAUACGUUCCUCCAUCGAUAUUGAAACAUGUGAAUAUUAAUGAAAGACGUGAUAGCCAAGAGAAACAAAUUUUCAUCGAAAAUCUUAAGACUUGUCCAUCACCAUAUUCAUCCUAUCGUCGUUCGGAACGUAAAUUCAAUACUAAAGAACAAAUCGAUACCGAAGCAGAUCAAAAUUCGAAUAUCUAUUCUCAAGAUCCUUUAACUCAAAUCAAGAACGAACCAAAACAUGAUAAUAACUCUCUUAUUUAUGAAGAUGUGGAUUUGAAUGCACCUCAACCAACGAAUGAACAGGAAGAUGUUAUUUAUGAUGUCAUUAAUCCAAAUAAUGAACGAGUAGUUGAACAACAGGAAUGCGAAUACGAAUCGCCAAUGUAUGCAACACCAAAAAAUGCAUAA